AUGGACAAUGAAUCUGAACCCGUCUUUGAAGAUGCAAUUCCGCCACAGAAAACUGGCAACAAGAGGGAGUAUGAAGAUGAUGAUCAGAAGGAAGUUAUUACAAAGAAGAAGAAGACAGACGAGGUUUUUGAAAUCCUAGAGGAUAAGGAUGAAAGUAAUUCAGAUUGUUAUGAACAUGACAAGAAACUUAAAGCUAAAAUCGAAUCUGAUACCGGUCAUGGAUAUUUGAAAUCAUUCGAUGAUGGUGUCUCAGAUCCUAACUUGAACGAAGACAAUCCCAAAGAUUUGGAGAGUCCUGAGGGCAACGAGGAAGAAGUAGAGGGAAAAGUCUCUAAAACACCUCAGGAAAGGCAUGGAAUUCCAGUCACUCUAAACAAAAAAUAUGCUGCAUUGAAAACAAUAUGUGUUAGAAACUUGUCAUAUAGUGUGGAACGGGCUGAUAUGGAAGAUAUUUUCAAAGAUUGUGGUGAAGUUGUUGAUAUCCAAUUCAUAACAGAUUGCGAAGGGAGGUUUAAAGGUUUUGGAUAUGUCAAAUUUGGAACAGUAGAAGCAGUAGAAAAAGCCCUCAAAUUGCAUGAUACAGAAUUAUUGAAUCGCAACAUAAAAGUUGAAAUAGCUUGGGAAAAGAGUGAAUGUCCCCCCUAUAUAAGUUCAUUUCAUACGGGUGGAAAUCUUCAUUCUCACACUGUAAAGGGUUUUGACGCAUCUCUGGUAGAAAACAAGCCUAAAAGCCCAAUUACACCAAAUGAAACAAAGGGUACAUCAAAGACAGUAUAUGUCGGAAACUUGUCAUACACCGUAGAACGAGCUGAUAUAGAAAAACUUUUCAAAGAUUAUGGGGAAAUCGUUGAUGUACGUCUCCAUACAGACCACCAAGGGAAGUUUAGAGGCCAUGCACAUGUUCAGUUUGCUACAGAAGCAGCAGCACAAAAGGCUCUUGUGUUGAAUAGGAAAGAAUUUUUUAACCGUCCCAUGGUUGUUAAUUUAGCUUUGGAAAAGCGUAAAUAUUCCCCCAAUGAAAGCAGCUGGGCCUGGAGCAGCUCAUUCAAUAAGGAUGAAAGAUUUCAGUCUCAAACUUUACCUGCGAAGUGUUUAGAUACAUCUCUUGCAGAAGGCAAGCCUGAAACCCCAGCUACUACCCAAAGAGAGAAAAAUGCUGCAUCAAAAACAGUAUGUGUUAGAAACUUGUCAUUCGAUGUGGAACGGGCUGAAAUUGAAAGUAUUUUCAAAGAUUGUGGAGUAGUUGUUGAUGUCCGUCUCCAUGUGGAUGUCGACUUUGCAACCGGAGAGGCAACAGAAAAGGCUCUUGAGUUGGAUUACACUAGAUUGAUAGCUCCAGGAGAGGGUGAACGUUUCCGGAAUAGAAGCUCGAGCAUCCAAUUCCAGAAGUGCGAAAGUUUUCAGCCUCUAACUGUAUUUGUGAGUGGAUUUAAUACAUCCCUUGCCGAAGAGAAGAUAAAAGCUAGCCUGCACAAUCAUUUCAAAUCUUGUGGAGAGAUUGCAAGGAUCACAUUACCAAGAAAUCGUGAUUUUGGUGCUAUUAGGUAUGCUCAUUUGGAUUUCAAGGAUAUUGAUGGCUAUAAGAAGGCACUCCAACUUAAUCAAACUACGAUAGGAGGUUAUUGGGUGUCGGUUGUAAAAGCAGAGCCAAAGCAUAGACGUGAUAAUCAGGAUAUAGGUGGUGGCAGAUCUGGCUAUCACGUCAGUGGAAGGGAUGGAUCAAAUUAUAGACGUGAUAAUCAAGGUAUAGGUGGUGGCUAUCACGGUGGAAGGGAUGGAUCGAAUUAUAGACGUGAUAAUCAGGGUAUAGGUGGUGCAGGUGGUUAUCACGUCAGUGGAAGGAAUGGAGCAAACUAUAGACGUGAUAAUCAAGGUAUGGGUGCUGGCAGAGGUGGCUAUCACGCCGGUGGAAGGGGUGGAGGAGACUAUGGUGGUAGAGCAAGUUGGGGGAGAAGUUAUGGUGUUGAGAGGCACUGGACAGCCAAAUCCGAACACUAG